AUGCCAGGCAUCCCAUCAGGUGAAGGCAGCGGCGAUGACCGCAAUAGCAGUUGGUUUUCGGAACGGUUUCCGCCUUACCCUGCUUCUUUUAUCACGUUUUCCCACAUAUACAAGGACCUCCUCGGGGAGAUGUUGUCUGACCUAAGUCAUCUUCCAUUCCACGAAAGGAUGGACGCCCUUGGAAAGAAAUUGAAAGAACACGAGCUGUCUAAAGCGCCUUCAGUACACACCAACGAAGACGAGGAGGACGAAGACGAGGAUGAGGAGGACGACGAGGAGGACGAGGAGGACAUGGAGAGAGGAAGACUGAAGUUGAUAGAUGAUGAACAGAAACCUCGUCGUGCUGAAGAACAUCAGGUCUAUAGUGAAUGUGAAAGAGAAUGCAAGAAGCCAAGAUUAGCUGAAUGCGUUGAGAAGCCUGAGGGCCCGAGAAACAAAUAA